CGUGGACACUUCUCCGGCACAGCGCGUCCCAGCCUUCGAUUCGACCAUCAUCCCAUCCAGCUGUAAAGAUCAAAUCAUGCGUGGAGUUGGAGGAGUGUUGGCCGUGGCCGUUGCCACUCUACUUGUGUGCUGCAGCGCAAACCCUCACCAGGACUCUGAAGGGAACGAAGGCGAACACACUGGGGAACGUUACGACACUGGUGAAUUGAGACAGAAUGAAGAGUACGAAGAUUUCCUGCGAUUCCUAAUUAAUUAUCAAAAUAAUCGCAACCUUGAUGGAAUCGGUGGAAGCUCUCUUCUUGGAAGAAACCUGGGUGGCAUUGGAGGCUCCUCACUGUUAGGAAGAAAUAUAGAAUCCCAAGAUAGCAAUCUUCACGGCAUUGGUGGUUCAACCUUUCCUGGCAGAAAUGUGAACGGCAUCGGGGGCUCAUCUCUUCUGGGCAGAAAUCUUCAUGGUGUUGGAGGUUCUAGUUUAGUUGGCAGGAACCUUGCUGGCAUAGGAGGCUCUGCUUUAUUGGGAAGAAAUACAGAGGGAGACAAAAGGUACUCUAGAUUUGUUGACUCUCUCGGAGGAGGCAACUUCGUUCGCAACUUGGAUUCUAUUGGGGGUGGCAAUUUUGUGAGGAAUCUUGAUUCAAUCGGCGGCGGAAAUUUUGUCAAGAAAAAUCUGGAUCACAUCGGAGGACCCAACUUUGUAAAGAAGAACUUAGACUCUCUUGGAGGUGGAAACCUAGUGCGUAACCUGGACUCCAUUGGUGGAGGCAACUUUGUCCGCGAACUGGAUUCCAUUGGAGGUGGAAAUCUAGUCUCUCCUUUAAAUAUGGUUUGUGGGUGUGUAGGACAAAAGCCUCGGGCCCUGGACCACCUGGGUGGUAGCGACCUGGUGCGGAAUGUACGCGACACAAGCCACAUGCUGCUUCCAUACCUCUUGGCUCGACAACAUUAUAACGGACCUUCGAGUAAGCGCGAACUGUUUCCAAUGUCAGCAGCCAAGUACGGAUAUGGAGACGGAUAUCCCAAACGGAACUUUGAUGAAAUAGACCUAUCUGGUCUGAACAACUUCGUGCAGAAGAGGAACAUCGACGAGAUUGACCAGACAUCAAUGCCGUUUCCGUACGCAACCAAGCGCUUCUACCACCUGUACGGGCCCAACCACUCGCCUUUAUCGAGCUUUGACAAGAAGAGGUACCGUGCCGACUACCCCAUGGAUGAGAUCGACCUCUCGCACUUCCCCAUCGGUUCCAAAAGGUCUCAGGACGCGCUGUGGCCUCUUCGUUAAACGCCCAAAUUAAUA